AUGAUGAAAACAGACAAGAAGAAAAUUGUUCAUUAUAUCGGCAAAUUAACAGAGAGAGAUGGUGAACUAAUGAUUGUGUUUUUAAAAAGAGAAAAGUCUACAGCAUUCCAGUUUAUAAUCUCAAAUGAAGAACCGUAUGAAAUUGAUAAAAAUGACAUUGUUUGUAAGCUUCCAAAACCAGACGAUUUCGCAUCAAACAAGGAAACAGUAAAAAUAGGACCGACGAAAGCUGGCAACAAGAUAUUGAAAAGAUCCAAAUGUUAUCAAACCCUAUGCGAAAAUAUGCUGGAAAACAGUAUCUACAACAUAUUAAUGGAGGCGUAUUACGGCCAAUUCAACUUGACCGCAAGACCGAGAUUGGUGGCUUUGCCACCAAAAUUUAAUUCAAAAAGAUGA